AUGAGCAUAAGUGGCUCAGCAGUGACCUCGUCAAGACCCUCGCGGAACGUCAAGGGUUGGGAUGAAACGCAGCAAGCUCAUGGGAUCGAUCGUGCCACACUCAUGAAGCACAUCUCGUGCACAUUGGUUCCCUCUGCAAAGGUUUUACGGGUUGUUCUCGGAAUGGGUGCCGGUCUCUGGAACUGGGGGCGUCGGGCGUCGGGACCUGCGCUCUGGCUUCACAACCUUCCCAAAAGAGAGAAUUGCAGCUUCAUCUUGACCAUGGUGUCGGGAUGCGGUGGCUAUGCAGCUCUCGUCACCGCUAUCAUCAUCAGGCAUAUUGACGGUCUCAUUCUCAUCGUCACCCAGACAAUGGCCUCCACGAUACUCGCAUUCCUAUUAUCUACCGGCUCCGCGAUCGACUUGACCUCCUAUGCAUCUUCCUCGAUCUCUUCCUUGUUUUCCCAACUGACCGAGCGCACCGUCAACAGACAAACUCCCUCCACAAAACCUCCCGGACAUACCAGCGACUUCCCUUGA